CGCGUGGAGGGGCGGCAGCCAAUCACCGUGCGUGGCGUGCCCGGAGGGCGGGGCGUGGGGAGCGCAGGGAGCGGACGGGAGCGGGCCGGGAGCAGCGGCGAGAUCGGGGUCAGGAUGAGGGUGCGCAGGCUGUGGGUGCUCGUGCUGCUGCUCGGGCUGGCUCAGAUCGCCCUCCUGGCGCGGGGCGCGGCUGCCCAGGAGGAGGAGGACGGAGACGGAGAAUCUGUUACAAAAGAAGCCGAUGAUGACAGUGAUGAUGAUGAAGAUGAUGAUGAAGAUGAAGAUGAUGAUGAUUCUGUAGUUAAAGAAGAAAAUGGUGUAUUAGUCUUGAAUGAUGCAAACUUUGACACCUUUACUGCGGACAAGGAUACUGUGCUGCUGGAGUUCUACGCACCUUGGUGUGGGCAUUGCAAGCAGUUUGCUCCUGAGUAUGAAAAGAUAGCCAAAACUCUGAAGGAAAAUGACCCUCCUAUUCCUGUUGCCAAAAUAGAUGCUACUGCAGCCACUUCACUAGCAAGUCGUUUUGACGUCAGUGGCUACCCAACCAUCAAAAUCCUGAAAAAAGGCCAGCCUGUUGACUAUGACGGUUCUAGGACGGAAGAUGCAAUUGUGGCCAAAGUGAAGGAGGUCUCUGACCCCAGUUGGACCCCUCCACCCGAAGCUACUCUGGUAUUGACCCAGGAUAAUUUUGACGAUGUCGUGAAUGGUGCUGACAUAAUCCUGGUGGAGUUCUAUGCUCCAUGGUGUGGACACUGCAAAAGGCUUGCUCCAGAAUACGAGAAGGCUGCCAAGGAGCUCAGCAAGCGCACGCCUCCAAUUCCCUUAGCUAAGGUUGAUGCCACUGCUGAAACUGAGCUUGCCAAGAAGUUUGAUGUUACUGGCUACCCAACUCUCAAAAUCUUCCGCAAGGGCAAACCUUAUGACUACAGUGGGCCACGGGAAAAAUAUGGUAUUGUCGACUACAUGAUUGAACAGGCUGGUCCUCCAUCCAAACAGAUUCAGGCUACCAAGCAGGUACAGGAAUUUCUGAGGGAUGGGGAUGAUGUCAUCAUCAUUGGUGUCUUUAGUGGAGAGAAUGACAAAGCCUAUCAGCUCUAUCAGGAAGCAGCUAACGGUUUGAGAGAAGAUUAUAAGUUUCAUCACACCUUCAGCAAUGAGAUUGCAAAACUACUGAAAGCAUCUCCAGGAAAACUAGUUGUCAUGCAGCCAGAAAAAUUUCAGUCAAAGCAUGAGCCCAAGAUGCACAUUCUGAAUCUUAAAGAUUCUACAGAUGGGUCAGAGAUUAAAGAGCAUGUGCUAAAACAUGCUUUGCCUCUAGUUGGUCAUCGGAAGCCCUCCAAUGAUGCCAAGAGAUAUGCUAAGCGUCCUCUAGUGGUGGUCUAUUAUUCUGUGGACUUCAGUUUUGACUACCGAGUUGCUACCCAGUACUGGAGAGGCAAAGUCCUGGAAGUGGCCAAAGACUUUCCUGAAUAUGUGUUUGCUGUUUCUGAUGAGGAGGAUUAUUCUUCUGAAAUAAAAGAUUUGGGCCUGCUUGAGAGUGGAGAGGAUGUCAAUGUUGCCAUUCUGGAUGAAGGUGGCAAGAAAUAUGCCAUGGAGCCAGAAGAGUUUGACUCUGAUGUACUCAGACAGUUUGUGCUGGCAUUCAAAAAAGGAAAACUGAAGCCAAUUGUGAAGUCCCAGCCAGUGCCAAAAAAUAACAAAGGGCCUGUGAAAGUGGUAGUGGGUAAAACUUUUGAUACCAUAGUAAUGGAUCCAAAGAAUGAUGUUCUCAUAGAGUUCUAUGCCCCAUGGUGUGGACACUGCAAGAAACUUGAACCAGUGUAUACAGAGCUAGGCAAAAAAUACAAGAAUGAGAAAAAUCUAGUUAUAGCCAAGAUGGAUGCUACCGCCAACGACGUGACAAAUGACCACUACAAAGUGGAAGGAUUCCCCACCAUCUACUUUGCUCCGAGGGACAAGAAGAACAACCCUAUUAAAUUUGAAGGCGGGGACAGAGAUUUAGAGCAUUUGAGCAAAUUUAUAGAGGAGCAUGCAACAAAACUCUCCAGAACAAAAGAAGAGCUUUAGAUAAGUUGAGGGUGGCGAAGAAAAAUUGUUUGUACGUUGUAGUUAAAAUCAAGUUACUGACAAAACUUCGUGAGAGAAGAGUUAAGCAGUUUGAGCAAAGAGAUUCUUGAGCAGUAAAGUAAUUGCAGUAUCUUUUUUUUUUAUAUAUGGCAGAAGAGUUUUUUUCUGGACACUGAACUUAAUACUCUAAUAUGAAUGUCUUGUCUUAGUUAUGGUUUUGAUCUUUGGAGAAAAAUACAUCCUUUAUUUUUUGUGACUA